CUGAGUUCCACUCCAGCCCUGAGCAGCCCUCAGAACCAUACAGGCACAAAGCACUCUCGCUAUUUCAGACACAUUUAAAGACUCACAGUCAAGAUCUCAGCUGACUGAAGAACGUGUCUCUUUCAGCAUCGAAAAGAAGUGUCUAUACUCACUUGACGGAAUUAAGGCUCUCCCUUUAAGAAUGUCAAAACAGCCAGUUUCAAAUGUCAGAUCCAUUCAGGCUAAUAUCAACAUCCCAAUGGGAGCAUUUCGACCUGGAGCAGGGCAUCCUCCCAAAAGAAAAGAAUUUACACCUGAAGUGGAGGAGAGCGUUCCUGCUUCUACAGAGGAGGAGAAGAAGCAGCUCCCAGGAGCCAAGAAACUUCCAGGCCCUGCUGUCAACUUAUCAGAGAUCCAGAAUAUAAAGAGUGAGCUGAAAUUUGUCCCCAGAGCUGGUCAGUAGUAGAAAAGAACAGAUCUGAAAAGAGAAACAGAAUGAAAUAUAAUGAGUGCAGAUUAUUGAAAUAUUUUAUAUAUUUGUACGAAGAUUAUGAACUUCCUAAAUACAAGAUACUCCAUAAAAUUGUCCUCUUUGUACAUUUAUAUCCCUUUCUUGUUGUCUAUUUUGCAUAAUAUAAAAAGUACUGGUGACAUAACCCAGCACAAAAGAGACAGUGGUGAACCUGUACAUAUUCAGGAAUAAGUUUGAUUUUAUGAGCAGAGAAUAAUGUAACUCAUAGUUAGAGUAAAAAAAAAAAUCAAAUAAACCAUUUUUUCCAGGGAGAAAGAUCUUCUUACUAGUUGAAUUUUUUCUCUUGCUGUUGAAAAUAGAUGCUAUUGACAUAACAGUUUCAUGGAUAAAAUGUUUUAAUGAAAGCGCAGAUUGCAGACUUUGUGAAAGGUAAUCUAUUCCAUGCUUUACUUUUACAUAUUAAUUACUGGUUAAUGGGUGGGUUUGAAAUUCUGUAAAAUAGAGAGUUAAAGAACAGUGAAAAUCUUCACAUAUGCUCUUUGAAGAUGAGUUCAUCCUAAAUUCCUCCUUUGCUAUAGAGCCACAGUAUUUUCUUUUGCCUAAAAAUGUAAAAUGCACUGUUGCUCAGAUAUUUAUACAUUGCUUUUACAUUGUACAGAACUUGGUGACAGAAAUGCGAGGUAAAAAGAUCCUUAAAUAGACCGUGAUUCAGGAAAGCACCUCUGUUCAGGAAAGUUCUUAAGCUCAUGCUCAAAAUUAAGCACAUACUUAAGUGCUUUCCUGGAAUAGUGGGUCUUAAAACUCAAUCCUGCAACCUUUACUGAAGCAAAUAGUCCCACCAAUCUUGAUGCGACUACUCACCUGAACAAAAGAUAAAGAAUCAGGCCCUUAAAAGGUAAUAUAGAAUAUUGUCUCCUAUAUAUUUUUCCACUGUAUUAAUAUUGCACAGACAUUGAAUAUGAUCAAACAGAACUUUAAAUAUUAUGAUAAAAUGUGAAACCCACAUGCUUGUUUUAUAUGGAAUGUACAUAAUGAAGAUUGUUU